UUCUGCCCCCAGGGUGGGGGAAGGGCAGGCAGGUAGCUGAGGCAGGUGUCCAAAGAGCCAGCUACUGUCCCUGGUCCCUGCAAUCUGGGCAGGUACCUGGUGUUGGGCCACAGUGCUCACUGCGGAAGGGGCGUGGCCCCAAGCACAGGUGGAGGUGGCAGAGAGGGUGGCCAGAGGUGGCUGGUGCUCAGAGAACCUGGGCCUUGGCCCAGGGUCCCAAGAGUAAGCUGGGGUCACAGGGACAGCCAAUAAAAUGGGGAGCCAGAGCCCCCGGGUGCCUGGCUUCACUCUUGUCCUCCUGCUGCUGCCACCUCCAUUGAUGCUUAGCAUGGGGAGCUUCCGGUACCACAGCGCUAAUGGUAGAAUCAACUAUGACUACUCAAACCCAUACCCCAUGAGCUUCCAAGAGCAGAAUGAGAGGGCUGGCAAAGGCCAUGGAAAGAGGAGUCAGGAGUACUGCAAUGGAGCCUUUGACAUCUACUUCAUUUUGGACAGGUCCGACAACAUGAAGUCCUGGCCUGACCUUUACACCUGUGUGAAGCACAUUGCAGGGAAAUACGUAAACCCGAAGCUGCGAAUGUCCUUCAUCACCUUCUCUACAAAAGCUGAAGUCAACAUCUGGCUCACCUCAAACAGAGAAAGCAUCCGUGACCAACUUACCCUAUUGGAGGACAUUGAACCUCACGGAGAAACUAACUUGCAGAAAGGAAUUAGAAAGGCAAAUGAGCAGAUUCGACAAGCCAUGUCUGACGACAUCAAGGUGUCCAGCGUGAUUAUCAUUUUCCUCAGUGGAAAACUGAUGCCAGAAACAUUUAAGGAGACGCAGGAGGAACUUGCCAAGGCUCAGAGAAUGGGGGCGUACAUCUACUUCGUGAGUGCGAACGUGAACAACAGAGAGCAGGUGGAAGCACUUGUAGACAGCCCAGACCACAGGUUCGCAUUAGGCAACGGACCCGCUGAGCGGUAUGGCCUAGUGGACUUGAUCGGAACAAAGGCCUGUCUUGAGGUUCGAUCUGUGGAGCCUUCCACUGUGUGCCUGGGAGAAUCCAAGCAAGUGGUUAUUCAUGGAUAUGGCUUUAAUAAUGCAAAGGAGAAGGACCAAGUUAUUUGCAGAUUCAAGUUCAGGAACACCAAAGUCAUUGAUCAACGACCAAUCGGUAUGGGUGAGAAUUCCAUCAUUUGCCCUGCACCAAACAUAGAAAGUCAUGAAGAGCAGGUCUUUGUUGAAGCAAGCCUGAAUGAUGGCAAAAACUUCCUCUCCAAUGACCUUAGUAUAAAGAGCACCGGCUGUAGCGCUGGUCCCCAACGCAGUGCCAGUCUAGUCCAAGACGACGACGACGACGACUUCAUCAGUGGUUCACGGCGGAAGAGUAUCCUACCAAUACCGGGCCUACCAAUACCGGGCAUACCAGGCCUACCAAUACCGGGCCUUGGAGGUGAUCCCGAGCCAGCUGGCCCAUUGGAGGGCUUGACAAGCAACCCUUUAUUCUUACCCCUGCUCCUGCUGGCCCUGCUGGGGCUCCUGCUGCUGAUAUGUGGGAUCUGGUAUCUGUGCCGCAGGAAGAAGAAGUCUGGGCAGAGGGCAGAAAAGGUGGAACUGGCGUGUGUCCCGUUAGCAACACAGCCCGUGACACCAUGCCCACCGCAACCUGCCGUCUGCCCGGCCCCCACAGUGGUUGUCAGUUGCUGUGAGAACCAAGGAGUGUGCAGACUGUGCAGGACGAGAAUGAGGAAGGACAAUCUGGGCACCAUGUGUGGCUUCGCUCAGCCCAGCUGCAACCAGGUGUCACCGAUGUGGUGUCCACGCAGGUUCCAGGGGAGGUGCCUCAACUUACCCCUGAUGCAGCCCCCAUGUGCACCCUGCGGCCCCAAGUUCUGCCUUCGAUACAACCAGGAUUGCCUUCCGAUGACACAGGCACCCUGCGUCUCGAAGGUCUGCCUUCCACACAGCUGGGAUUGCCUGCCCAUGACGCAAGCACCUUGCAUGUCCAGGUGCCAACAGCUCCCAGCCAGCUGCUCCAGGCCUUCCUCCAGGAUGCUGCAGCUAUCCCCUCCCCCUGCUCAGUGUCUCCGCAGAAUGCCUAUGUCCCUCCCACCCCUAUAGCCUGACCUCUAAGGCACCAAACACCCACAAUUAACAAGCCUUUGUCUGCCAAAUUAGACAUAUAUAUUGAGUCUUG